AUGAAAAUAAUAAGACAAUUAGGAAACGGAUUUGAAAAUGAUCAAAAUUUAUUAAAAUUCACUUUGGAAGAUGGAUGUUUGUUUAAUGGAGUGAGGAUAGUUGUUCCAAAGACUUUACAAAGAAGAAUUCUAGAGGAAUCACAUACAGCACACACUGGUAUUGUUAAAAUGAAAGCACUCGCAAGAAGUUAUGUAUGGUGGAAAAACAUCGAUGCCGACAUAGAAAAUUUAACAAAAGGAUGUAAACAAUGUUGUCUUUAUAAAAACAAUCCUAAAGCAGUGACACAAUUUCACACAUGGGAUAGUCCAAGAUCACCAUGGCAACGUGUAUACAUCUACUAUGCAGGGCCAUUCCAAGAACAUUACUUUUUAAUUAUCGUGUAUGCUUAUACAAAAUACUUAGAGGUCUUUCCAACAAAAUCAAUGACAACCUCAAUAACAAUAGAAAAACUAAGAGAAACUUUCAGCCGUUUUGGACUACCAGUUGUUUUGGUUAGCGAUAAUGCUACAAAUUUUAAAAGUCAAGAAUUCAAAGAAGUUAUUAACGCGAACGGAAUAAUACAUAAAAAUUCUGCCCCAUACCAUCCCUCUAAAAAUGGACAGGCGGAGAGAUAUGUACAAACGGUAAAAGGAAAACUUAGAGCUAUGUCAUCUGAGUCUGGAAAUAUUGGGUUAAAAUUAUGUAGACUUUUAAUGCAGUAUAGGAAAAUACCAAAGACUACCACAAACCAAAGCUCAACAGAAUUAUUGUUUAGAGGAAAAUUUCGUACUAGAAUCGAUUUGAUUAGAAGAGAUUUGGGAAGAGAAAAAGUAGAACCAAAACAUCAAAAUACAAAGAUUAGAGAAUUUCAACCAAGAGAUUUGGUUCUUGCCAGAUUCUAUAAUAACCCAGAAAGGAAAUGUAAAACAGGAAAAGUUACGAAUAAGAAAGGAAAAUUACAUUACGAAGUGGAGAUAGAUACUCUCAAAAGACAUAUAGAUCAAUUAUUAAGUACCAAGAUCCAGGAACUAAACGAGAAAAUUCCUGAGAUAACCGAAGUACUAGAACAGAGAAAUGAAAACAUUGGAAGGAAGGAAGGAAGCGAUAGUAGAGGCUACUCCAAGAACAGAAGAAGAUGA